CGCCUAUUCAUACUAAAUCAGUUGUCCCUCCCCCUGGUGCCAGGUCCAACAGAUCCAUCUUUAGGCUCAGCAGCCCUGUCCCCCCAUAAUGCUGAACCUGAACCAGCUUUUCUCCCAACUGAAGGAGGUGGCAGUCCCCAUAAAGGAGAGUUUUCCAGGUGCAGCAUUCUGUCAGUGGACUCCAGUAUAUCCAUCCCGUUGAGCCUGGACAGUCUCGGUGAGAGUGAACGCAGACUGGCUCCCUCCUCCCUGCCGGAUAAAGACUCCUACCCUUCCAGCCCGCAACAGCACAUGGACAGCAGCUUAACCAGCAGCCAGAACACCAUAACACUCGGAGACAGGUACGACUCUGACCUCUCCUUAGCUACCAAGAGUACGGAUUCAGACUUGGAGUCUCCCUUGCAAACGAGCCGAAGUUUGGAGCAAAGCGCAGAAGAUUCCAUGGUUAGCUCUAAAGCCUUGAUGCAAAUCCGUAAACUCCUCUCUCAGGCGGAGAACAUGGUGUCUUCUGGGUCUUCUGUAGAUUCCUCUGCCCCCACUGCAGUGCCCCGUUUGCUCUCUGAUGAUAACAUCUUUCUCUCACUGAAGAAGACACCCAGCACCCUCCAGGACUCUUCCUCCUCAGUUACUGAGGAUCCCAGAGCUCGAUUCUCCCCGCUGUGGGCCAGAUCUGCAUCCGACUCCAUGCUGACCUCAGAGAGACUGAGAGAAAACUCUAUUGGUCGAGAGACUUCGUCCACACAAGCUCUUACUUCCACAGGUGCGUACAGGAGGCCACAGGAUGUUGGUGGAGGCGCAGGAUCCCUCGUCCUCUCCCAAUCAGCCCGACGUGCAGAGCCUGAGGGCUGCAGCGCUGCCCCCGUCGACAACACCGUCCCACCACAACCACCUUCACCAGCUCUGAGUAUACAGCUCACCUCUACUGCUACAGACACAGAGGAGGAAAUGCAGGCUUCUCUGGAAGGUCCUAUACAGAGCAGCUCCCCCCCGCCUGCUCUGGAGAACAGCGAUCAGGGAGUGAUGAGCGACGGCAGCAGUGAGAGCUUGCUGGCGGUCCGAGUGGCGCAGUUACUGCAGAAUGAGUCUCCGGCCACCAUGGUGUCCAGUACAGCCAGCAUCACUGACAAUGAGGAGAGCAAAGCUUUGGGUAAGAGGAUUCAUACGUUGUUAAUCUAG